UCAUAUGGCACUGUUUGUUUUUUCUUCAGGGACCUGAGUUACAAUCGGUUACGAAAUAUUUCUCGGGCCGCGUUCAACGGCUUGACUCGACUACAAAUACUGUCUUUAUCCAACAACAGUCUCGAAGCCAUAGACGCCGGUGUAUUUGAAGGAGUGCCGAACAUAACCGAACUUGAUCUCGAAAACAAUCCGCUCUUCUGCGACUGCCAGCUGCGAUGGCUCCUUGAGACAGAACAGGGCGGCAAGUCCAAGAUCAACGUAUUCGGCGCCAUGUGUAAUGAACCCGCGCACCUGAAGGGCCGAUACAUAUUGAACGUUACCAAAGCGGAACUCAUCUGCAGCAGGCAGACACACGAGGCUUCAACAUCUCAAGCACCGGAAGCACAAUCAACUGCCUCAUCGACUACGGAAUCGUCGACAUUGACUGCCUCAUCGACUACGAAAUCGUCGACAUUGACUGCCUCGUCGACUACGGAAUCGUCAAUAUUUGUGUACAUCAGCAUUGGGCUCGCUGUCGCUCUGUUGGUUGUCAUCACUGUUGCAGUUAUUGUCAUCAUAACACUGAAAAGACGCAGGAGGCAUAAUACCCAUCCGAUGACAGACCCCAAACACAUUCUGCAAUGCGUUACCUCUCCGAUAGAUGCUGGGAGAGACUAUACAACUCUGGCAGAUCGUGGUCCGAUGGAAAACCAUUAUGAUCACUUAGCAGACCUUGAUGUGCAUGCAAGCCAGUAUUAUGAGAACGACGAGAUUGUCAGAGAGACAAGCCUUCAAACUAACGUUCCACAAUACAGGGCGCCGCUAUCAGCACCGACGAUGGUUACCUAAAACCAAUUACUGCAAAGUUGUCAAGGGACAUAUCAAUACCACUGAAAACAAAGGACUAGCCGUAAAAUUCAACAAGUGUCACUCAGCAUAACACCAUUGCCAACAGAGCGUUCAAUGGGUAUGCACGCCCCACUUAAUAAACAGACAUGCGAUUGUCCCUUCGCACAAAACAUCAAAGGCAUCAGAUUUUUUAUCCACAUGUAUGGAUCUUUUAAAGUGGAGAGGAAUAGUUUAUAUUGUAAAAGACAAACAAACCAAAAUGUUUUUUUUACAUCCCGAUAUGUAAACAAUGUAUCACAAUAACAAUUCCAAAUCAAGAUUUAGUUUGAAAAACAUAUUAACGAUAAUGUGCAUUCUUUUAGAUAUAUAUGUUAAUUGUGUGUGUCUGUGUUUCCUUUAUGUCCUUACAUGAUAUUCUAACAGUAAAUUAUUUAUUUAACGCUUCCUUUCGUGAUGUGAGUUCUGGUUAUUAUCCCCCGCCAUAGGUGGAGGGAUAUUGUUAUGGCGUUGUCCGUCCGGCACUUUUUUGUCCGGUGCCAUAUCUUGGAAGUGCUUUGGCGGAUUUCAUAAAAUCUUGGUAUGAUUAUAUAUAUCGAGAAGAAGACGAUGCACGCCUAAGGGCAUUGUACACCAUCUGUUAAUUACGGAGUUAUGGCCCUUUGAAUCUUCAAACAAAUGCUUUUAAAUAUUAGCUUAGAACUUUAUCUCCAUUAAAACAUGAUCUAGCGCCAUGAAACCUACCAUAGUUGUUCUCAAUCAUCUGGGGGUGCUUCACAUUCAACCACCAUAAUCCUAUGAGCUAAGGUCAAGGUCACACAUUGAGGUCAAAGGUCACAAAUUUGAUGAAUUAUUCAUUAUUUAGUCAUUCCUUUACUAUGCAUCAAGGGAUUCUGUAAUAACCUUCCACAAUUGUUCUCCCUUAUCUAGCUGAGUGUCAAAAAUAAGAUCCAGGUUGCUAGGGUCAUAGUCAAAGUCACACACAAAGGGAAAAAUCAUACAUUUUGAUUUUAUAUGCCUUAAUAGGUAAGGAUUCUACCAUACUGAAAUGGAUUUUCAAAAUGUCCUGAUGUAAUUGUUCUCAGUGCAACCCUAUGUGAUUUUGACCAAAGUCAAGGUCACACAUCAAAGGUCACAUAUUUGUAAAAAUAUUUAUUAUUUAGCCAUUAUUUUACUUUUCAUCAGUGGAUUCUGUAAUAACAUUCCAUAAUUCUUCUCCAUCUUCUUCCUUGCCGUGUGUCAGAUGUAAGAUUCAUGUCUAGGAUUAAGGUCAAGGUUCAUGUCUAGGAUUAAGGUCAACGUUAUACAAUAUACUUCAUGUAAGGUCAUACGAUUCACAUCAAGGGUCAAGGUUACACAAAAUCUUCAUGUAAGGUCGUACGUUAAACCCCUAAACUGACCAGCAUUUUUCCAGAAUAAUGUAUACAUCUUUGUACUUAGAAAUUACAGGUUCGAGAUGUUGUGCUACAACAAGGGAGACUAUAUAGUCGCUGACUUGUGCAUCCGUCCUUUACUCUGGAUGAUAUUGUUUGGCAUGCUAUUGUCUGCAAACCCAUCACAUGUACAAAUGAGUUAAAAAAAAUUGACAAAAGGCACAACCCUUCAUUUAUACCUUUUCUUUAAGUUCUACACCCAUCCAUAAACACAAUUUAUUUGGCGGGGAUAUCAAUUCAACGAAUUUGCUGGUAUUAUGUUAAUCUUGAUGUACAAUAACGCUGUACAAUUUGCAUGUAUAUUGAUGUAUUUCUUACGUUUAUCGCAAUUCCAUGCGGCAAAAUACUCAAAACUUUAACGAGAGUUCAGCUUACAUCCGUCAUAUUUUGCAUUGAUGAAUACUUCUAUUGAAAGAAUGCGAUUUUAGAGCACUAGUUUGCUGAAUAAUGUAAAAUAUAAAGUUUAAAACAGUUUUUGGUAUAUUCAUUUCUAAAAUCGCAUGUCAACAUACUGUUGGAUUAAUAUUCGUAGUGCGGAGUGUGCUGGAUGUUGAACAUAACACACAAUAAUAUGGCGGUGCAAAUGAAAAUGACCCUUGUUAAUUUAUUUUGCAAUUACAUACCGUAUCAAGUAUACUUAUUUCCAUGAAACUAUCAUUGUUUCAUAACAUGGAUUAUACUGAACAUAUAUUUUUCUAGAUAUAUGGAGUUCCAGAUUUCCGUUACAAUUUUGAUCAAUUUUUCCAAGAACUAUUUUGCUGUUUUCAUAUGCUUGAAUUACCUUUUUCUUCCGUUUGUUGAAUUGUUUUAGCCUGUAAGUAUGGUUGAAGUUCAUAUUGAUUGAUGGAAGUUAGUAUAGCGAAAUCAAAUAUACUAUGCUUAUAUGAGUUAUGAGUAUUAUUGUAUGUAUAUUUAUAAGUUUCAUUCUUAACGCGUCAAAUUAAAGAUUGUAGAUUUUGUUAUAUAUUACGCAAAUACAAAAUAUAAAUGUGGUUGUUGUAAUUCGUCAAAUAGUUGCUUGAUCCAUGGUAUACUUACUAACUAGAAUAAAUACGUGGCUACUUUGCUGAAUCAAUAAUCAAAUUUAGUCAUGUUUUAAUAUUACAAAAUAUUAUUACUUAUGACUGAUGGGGUAGUUUGCUUUUGCAUGAUAGUAAAAUACAUAGAUUGCUUUGAGAAUAGUCUUAUAACGCUUCAUCUUUUUGACAAGCAUGAUUUGUAACAUUGGAUGAAUGAAUGCGUUACGCUAUAUUAGAAGUGUUAAUAUUUGUAUGCGUGUAUUGUCCGAAGAAAGUGAACUUGAAAUCAUGUUUCUGUACUUCGAUUUUGUUUAUUCUAGAAAUAUAUUAACUAUAAUCAUGAAAAAAUAUAUAUAUUUCUUUUAUGAAUGAACUGUUUAGUGUACGCACAUUGCAUUCACAUAUUUCUCUGUUACUUUUUCCUUUAAAAAACUGAAUAUCGUGCGCAUUUAUCUCGAAGCGUGUUUUUCCAAAGAUCUGUAAACAUAUAUUUCGAUGUUAUUUAUAAUUGCGAUAAAUGAACUGGAACAAUGCAUUAUAAUUUCUUUGUUAUAUAUCAUUGAGGCAUAAAUCGACUGUAUAUGGAGAGAAUCGAUUUCGAUAUUUUUUGUUAAUGAGAUAAAUAAUCUCUAUCGAGCACAUGUACUUGGAUAUUAUACAUGUAUAUGAAUUUAAUGAAUGCAUAUCUAAAGUAAUUAUUUAGAUGUUUUUUUUUCUGAUGCAAAUCUAUGUACAUAUUUGAUGGCUCAAUUUUCCUGAGAUACAUCUACUAGUGAAUGCUUGUAUUUUUAUUUUGUUUAGUUUUUGUUUUUUUACAGAAAUGGCAUUAUAUUGUGAAUAUGUAUUUUGAAUUUUAAGGUUCAUGUUAAGUGCAAAAAUGACCCCACAUAGCAGAAAAUGAAACAUAUAAAAAUGAUCAGUAAUACCCAACAUAAAUUAAUGAAAUUUACACAUGGUUUCAAUAAUUACAUAUUUUUUUCUACAUAUGUAUACAUUUUCCAAAAAAAACACUCACAAAUCAUAGUAAUAAUGUCAUUAUUAGCAAAAAUAUUCCAAGUAAUGGCAACUUCUCAAAUUCAUUAAAAAUAACACACAUGAAUUAAAUAAAACCACCAACAGUAUAGGCCAGUUAUAUUUAAGGUACUACUACCAUUGAAUUGCGUCAAUAAAGCCCCACAACGACACUAUGCGUAUUUCAAAAUGAACAUGUCUAUCCCUCGAAUCGCUAUUUAUAGAUUUUGGAAAAAGUCUAAGUUUUCACUUGCAUAGCAUGCGAUCAAGAGGAGUUAUGAUGUUAUAAAAUAUAUUUCUUGAAAAUAUAUCAUUUUCAGAUUAUCUCCAUAACAAUGACACUUACGUGAAAUGCACUAAUUCAAUAGAAUAUUGAUACAUUUGAGUCUCCUCCCGAUUUAAUUUCAUAUGUCGUCCAUCUUGGUCAGCAAUUUGUAUGUAUCCGCAUAUACGAAUUUGUUAAAUAUUGCUUAGAUAUGACAUUUAUUCGAUUACAUAACUUUGAAUUACCUUAUAAACAUAUUAUAAAUAUUUUGGAAAAAUGGAUCGGUAAUAAUGUAUAAAUGAUCGAAUUUCGAAAGAAAUAUUUUCCGAAUAUACUUCCAGCAAAUAACGCCUAGCUGAAGAAGUAAACAUGACAAGACAAUAACACAUGUUUUUUUUAACGAUGAAAAGGUUUUUAUAGGAUAGUAUGUGUUCAAUUGGUUAUAUAUGUACGUGUGUCCAACAUUUGUAUAAUUCAUUGUUCCGAUCCCACAAAUAGUAUGCCUAGAUCGUUAAUUGAAAUAGUAUUAUGUCGACUUCCUUGAAACCGGAUGUUUUUUUAUGCCCCACAAAUUUAUCGAACGUGUAUGGUGUUCGAGCAGUGAUAUACACAUUGUCGUAAUUUGUUUUAAGGUAGCCAAUUAGUCGUCUUUCCGAGUUCUAUAUAUUUCAAUUGAACAUUCAACGUGCUUUCCUUUUGGUAAUAUAGUUUAGUUUGUGUCAUUGUGUCAUUUUGUAACUAUACUAAGUACUGUAUUGCGAGUUUAUCAGUAAAUCUAAAAAUGAAAGUUCACUGGAAAGUCCACCAUUCUUAAAAUAGUUCCCAAUUUAUUUGGUAAUUUUGACAGUUUUAGAUUUUUUUUCUUUUGCAUAUAUUAAGAUUGUUGGUGUGUGUUGUGUGGACUUUCCAUUUGUAGUACCUAAAAUUAUGUGUAUACAACAGUUUGACCAAAGGAAUUUGUUCAAUUUACCUCCGUUUUUGUUAUUUUGAUAAGUUCAUGCAUGCGCUGUAAAUUUCUUCAAUCGCAACAUUUUGUGUCAAUUUUUUUAUAUUAUCAUUUACUGAUAUGUUCUUCAAGUAUUUGCGAGCCUAUUGACAUAUAAAUUGAAUUAAUUGCCAUAAUUUUAUUGAAGUAUUCCUAUGUGAAGAAUACGCCAUUUUACACUUUACAUGAACCUUAUAGAUAUCAUAAUUGUAUAACUUUCACACGUAUAUUGUUGGUUCCGAGAUAUAUCUUGUGUACAUAUAUUUUAUUUUAUGUUUUCGUUCAACUAAAUAAUUGUAUAUUAAUCACAUGUAUAGCGCAUUGAUUUUAUUUUCCCUGAGAUGUUACAACUGUAAAUGGUGCACAUGUAAAUUAAUUUUAUUCUUUCCGGUUUUAAAAGUACGGGAUAUUGUUCACAUAUAUUUUGAUUAUGGGAAGAUAUAAGUGUAUUGUGUGCGCAUUGUUUUUUGGGGUCUUAUUUUUUCAUG